AUGUCAACGAAUGAUGCAGAUAAUGAGCGUAUGCAGUUACGGUGGCCUAUAGAUGACGUGGUAGCCUUUGCAAAACGUCAUGCUAUCACGCAUGGUCUUCUUUGUCUUGAUCCUAAUAAUUUAGAUCUAGCAACUAUUGUUCCAUUUUCUUUAUUUCCAAGUCCGUAUUCGUAUUCACAUUUGAAAUUCAUUUGGUCGAUUCAAACAGCUUAUAAUCGUCUUUAUAAUCGCAUAUCUCUUGAUGAUGAAACUCUCGAAAAAGCACUCAAACCAGUUAUUCCAAUUGAUGAUUUUAUUGAACGACUUUGGAAAAUUCAUCGUACAUCCACAAGACGACAACCGAUUCAAUUAGAUAUUUAUCGAAAUGAUUACAUGCUCGAUACAAAAAUUAAUACAAUGCGUCAAGUUGAAUUCAAUACAAUCAGUUCUGCAUUUGCUGGUUUAACUGCUAUUGUAGCUGAUUUACACAAAGCAAUAUUACGUUAUGCUAUUGAUAAUUGUUACGUUCGUGAAUUAACCAUGGACAAUCAACAAGAAAAAUCAUCAUCAAUUGAUCUAAUACUUCCCAAUGAUGCAUUGAAAAAAUCUGCUGAAGCAAUGAUUAAAGCAUUUGAACUUUAUAACAACGUGAAUGCUGCAAUACUAUUUAUAAUUGUACCGAAUGAACGUAAUAUAUGUGAUCAAAAUGCAUUAAUCGAUGCAGUACAAAAACUUAAGUCAACUAUUCGUAUUCAUUUAAAAACAUUUGAACAAUUAACAGAUGAACUUCUAUUGGAUGAAAACAAUUUUAAUAUUUAUUUAAAAUCUUCUCAUGAUGAAAUAGCGAUUGUUUAUUAUCGUGCUGGUUAUAUUCCCGAACAUUAUAUCAAUGAAAAAUGUUGGUACGUACGUGAACAAAUUGAACAAUCACGCGCUAUUAAAUGUCCAACAGUUCGAUCACAAUUAGCAGGUUGUAAAAUUGUUCAAGAAUAUUUAACACAUGAAAAUAUCAUUGAAAAAUAUAUUAAUGAUGAAAAUUUAUCGAAAAAUAUACGUUCAACAUUUGCACGAAUGUUUACAUUUGAUGACCUUGAAGCGCGACAGAAAAAUAUUAAUUUAUUACGUGAAAAUCCACAUGAUUUUGUUUUGAAACCAAAUCGUGAAGGUGGUGGAAAUAAUAAAUAUGAUGAUGAAAUAUUAAAUUUAAUUGAAAAACAAGAAAAUCAUCUAAACUAUUAUAUAGCUAUGGAGAAAAUUCUACCUCCAAAAUGUACAACUUGUCUUAUUAAACCAAAUGGUAAACAUUUAUUACAUGUUGAAUGUAUUAAUGAAAUUGGAAUCUAUGGAACAAUGGUAACAAAUGUUGAUACAAACGAGGAAUAUAUAAAUGAAGUAGCCGGGUAUUUAGUUCGCACGAAAACAACUGAUACUAAUGAAGGUGGUGUUGCAACAGGCUAUUCUGUUCUUGAUUGUCUUGACGUUAGUGAAAACAAUAAUGAAUUGUCAAGAAUAUUUUCUGAAAAGCGUUGA